AAUUCGUCCUCGAACAUAAAAUGAAUUGUUUGGCCUUUUUGGAAUUUCAUAAUGCGCAGCUUCAAAGAAUUGUUGUCAUUUGCAUCCUCUAUCGUAGCAUCCUACUAAAAAUUCCAACAUUUUUUUUUGGUUGUAAAUCAUGGAUAAAUGAAAUUAAUAAAAAAUUCUUUGGCCAAAAUGAUUCACCGGAUAUUACAAUCGUUAUUUCCUUUUUAUUUUGUAUUUGCUGCUGCACAAUAUGAUUAUAAUGAUCGAACAGCAGUGAAUAAUCACCAGCAAAUUGAUUUAAAUCAUCGAUAUAAUCUUGUAAAUAAUCCAAAAAUAUUUAACAUUGGUGCAAUACUCAGUGAAUUCAAACACAUUGAAGCAUUUAUCAACGGGAUUCAAGAUGCAAGUAAUGAAUCAUUACCAGAUGGCAUGCGAUUACUUCCGAAAGCAUUUGAAAUGUCACAAAAUCCAAUACAUACUGCACGUGAUGUAUGUGAUAAAUUAAUCUCAUCCGAAGUUUAUGCAGUGAUUGUAUCACAUCCACAACAUGGUAAACAAUCACCGACAUCGGUUUCAUUCACUUGUGGUUUCUAUAAUAUUCCGGUGAUUGGAAUAUCGAAUCGAGAUAGUAGCCUAUCGAAUAAGAAUUUACAUCCAUUCUUUCUACGAACACUUCCACCAUUUUCACAUCAAGCCGAUGUAUGGAUCAAGAUGUUGUUGUAUUUGGAUUAUAAAAAUGUUGUCAUCAUUCAUAGUUCAGAUAGCGAUGGCCGAGCGACAUUGAAUCGUUUUCAAAAUCUGGCCGAUGCCAGUCAUAUUAAAAUUGAAUCCAUAAUUGAGUAUGAAACUGCGGGCAUGUUGAAUAUUGGUCAAGAUUUGAAAAAUGUUCGUGAUAAUUAUUAUUGUCGUGUACUAUUAUUAUAUGCAAAUGCUGAUGAUGCUGAAAUUAUUUUCCAUGAAAUACAUCGACAAGGAAUGGAUCAAUCGGGUUAUGUUUGGAUUGUAUCCGAACAGGUAUUUGAUCAAUUGAUUUUCAAUGAAUUUCAUAAGCUACAAAAUUGUUUUUCUUCAUCCAAGGCAUUGAAAGCAAAGAAUCGUUUUGAUGGUAUCUUGUCAUUACGUCUAGAAUUAUCCGAUGAAGAAUUAAUGAUCGGAGAUAGCGUUAAGAUAUUGACAAAUGCAUUAUUGGAUAUGUAUUAUCGACAUAAUAUCAGUGUACCACCAACAAAUUGUCGCCUUACAUCCUCGAAUAAAUGGCAAACCGGCCAGCUAUUUUAUGAUUAUCUCAAAAAACAAACACUAAAUGGACGUAGUGGACGUAUUACGUUCGAUUCAUCCGGUGAUCGAUUGUAUUCAGAAUAUGAAAUCUUAAAUAUUUAUGAUAAUAAUGAAAUUAGUGUUGGAAAAUAUUCAUUCGAUUCGAAUCAAAUGAAAAUGAAAUUAUCACUAUUAUUACACCUGAUACGAUGGUCCGGGAGAGAAAUGCAAAAACCAUUAGGUUAUUUUGUACCUAAACAUCUGAAAAUUGGUACAUUAGCCGAGAAGCCAUUUGUAUGGGCACGACGACCACCACUAUCGGAUGAUAGUAAUGAAUGUCAAAAAGAUCAAAUUUUUUGUCCAAAAUUUAACCAAACCACUGAUCAUUAUGAUAAUUAUUGCUGUCAAGGUUAUUGUGUUGAUCUUUUGAAAGAACUGGCAAAACGUCUGAAUUUCUCAUAUGAUCUUGAAUUGGUCAGCGACGGUCAAUACGGUAAUUUGAAUUUUGUUGAUGAAUCCGGCCCUAGAAUCUGGACUGGUCUGGUUGGCGAAUUAGUUAAUAGACGUAUCGAUAUGGUUGUUGCACCAUUGACAGCAAAUCCUGAACGAAGUCAAGUAAUUUCAUUCUCAAAACCAUUCAAAUAUGAAGGUAUCACGAUCCUACAGAAACGUCAACCACGUAAAGCUACAUUGGCAUCAUUUUUACAACCAUUCCAGAAUACAUUAUGGUUAUUAGUUUUGGUAUCCGUACAUAUUGUAGCAUUAGCCUUAUAUCUAUUGGAUCUAUUUAGUCCAUUGGGCAAUUAUAAAAUCAAUAAUGUUGCAUUAUCGGAUGAACCGUCAUUAAAUUUAUCCAGUGCUAUUUGGUUUUCAUGGGGUGUAUUACUUAAUAGCGGAAUUGGCGAAAGAACACCGCGAAGUUUCAGUGCAAGAGUACUUGGUAUGGUUUGGGCUGGUUUUGCUAUGAUUGUUGUAGCAUCAUAUACGGCAAAUUUAGCUGCCUUUCUUGUAUUGAAUCCACGUGAUGAUCAUACAUUAUCCGGUAUUGAAGAUUCAAGAUUACGAAAUCCAACCGAAAGUUUUACAUUUGCAACAGUCAAAGGAAGUGCAGUGGAAAUGUUUUUCCGUAGUCAAGUACAUUUAUUCAAUGCUUAUCGCACGAUGGAAGAAACAAAUCGUAAUAGUCCCGAAGAAGCAAUUGAGGCAAUCAAAAAAGGGGAAUUAGAUGCAUUCAUUUGGGAUUCACCACGAUUAGAAUAUGAAACAUCCCAGAAUUGUGAAUUUGUAUUGUCAGGUGAAUUGUUUGGCCGGUCUGGUUAUUGUAUUGGAUUACAAAAAAAUAGUUUCUGGACUGAUGAAGUUACAUUGGCUUUACUUCGUAUGCAUGAAAGUGGUUUCAUGGAAUCAUUGGAUAAUAAAUGGAUAUUAUCCGAUGAUAAAGACUGUGAAGGUAAAAUGGAACAUUUCCCAUACACAUUGGGUAUGAAAAAUAUGGCCGGUGUAUUCAUAUUGGUAUUUUCUGGUGUUAUUACUUCAUUUGGAUUGAUUAUCAUCGAAAUAAUCUAUAAAAAACGCAAAGCAAGAAAAUUACAUCGAUUAUCUAUUGCUAAAAAAAUGGCUAUUCGUUGGUUGGUUAAAGUUAAAAGAAAUCAUGCAAAAUAUAUGAUGAAAUCAUCAUCACAAUCACCAUCGAUGACAAUGAUAACAUCAAAAUCGAAAAAUAUUGAAAUCUAUGAUAAAAAUGACAAUCAAUUUGGUUAUCAAUCAUUUAUGAUACCACCACCGCCACCACCACCACAAAGAUCUGUGCCAUAUAUGUUGGAUCGACCAACGAACAAACAACAACGGACAGCCCAGCAAAAAAUCUAUGAAUUUAAACAAAGAAAAUUUCUUGGAUAUUAUUAAUUAAUCUGUGUUUAAAUCAACAAAUGCAUUGCUAUCCAUACGAUGGCCAUAAAUGUACAAAUGACUGACUGAAUUUCCCCUUUUCAAUGAAUUAUAUUCUUUAAAAUGUUAGAAUCUCGACUUA